UGGAGUUAGAAUGUUUCCUGUGCUUAAGAAGUUGAUGAUUAGGAACUGUCCUUCGCUAAAAAGUACUCCAAAUCAAUUUGAGAUCCUACGUGACUUGAGCAUUGAAGGAGUUGACAGUGAAAUUCCAUUGUUGAACUUGUGCAGCAACUUGACAUCUCUGGUAAUGCUUAUUAUCAGAGAUGUGAAACAGCUCACUUGUCUUACAGAUGAGAUACUAUGCAACAAUUUCUCUCUUGAACAUCUUUUGAACAAUGGCUCAAGAUGCUCGAGAGAGUUGCUGAAGAUGCUGAAAAUGUGUUUGACGAAUUCAGGUAUGAAUCUCUCAAAAGACAAGUGAAGAUCCGAAACAACCCAAUGAAAAAGGUCAGUGAUUUCUUUUCUCAUACAGAUUUUAAGAGAAAAAUGUCUCGAAAAAUCAACAACAUCAAUGAGGAGUCGAGAGCUAUCAAUAAGUUAGCCAAUGACCUCGGUCUCCAAUCACUGAUGGUUCCUCCUCGGCAAAUACUACCGAUUCGAGAAACAGAUUCCGUAGUAGUUGAUGUUGUUGGUAGAGACAAGGAUGUUGCUGAAAUAAAGGAGAAGAUAUUGACCAUGAGAGAUGAUACUGAUCUGUGCACCAUUCCCAUAGUGGGCAUGGGGGGUUUAGGGAAAACAACUGUGGCUAAGAGAAUUUUUAAUGAUGAGCAGAUCGAGAAACACUUUGAAAAGAGAGUUUGGUUGUGUCUACCUGAAAUGUCAGAAACAAAAAGCUUUCUUGAACUGAUCCUCGAAUCAUUGACAGAGAGGAAACUUGAGGUCCAGAGUAGAGAUAUAAUAGUCAAGAAGCUCCGAGAUGAACUGGCAGGAAGAAAGUAUUUGCUUGUCCUGGAUGAUUUGUGGCGUGUUGACCCAACAUUGUGGCAUGAGUUCUUGGACACUUUGAAGGGAAUAAACACAACCAGAGGAAACUGCAUUCUUGUGACGACUCGUAUGAAACUGGUGGCAUCCACAGUAGCUGUAGGUCUUCAUAUGUUGGGAAAAUUAGCAGAUGAUCAUUGUUGGUCCAUUUUCAAACAAAGAGCAUUCGUUGAUGGGGAAGUUCCAGAGGAAAUGGUAAUCACAGAGAACAGGAUUGUUGAAAUGUGUCAAGGUCUACCGUUGGCAGCAGGUGUGUUGGGAGGCCUCAUACGCAACAAGGAAAAACAUGAAUGGCAGGCAAUUCUUGAUAGCAACUCCCUUGUUGCACAUGAAGAUGAUCUUGGGGAAAAUAGCAUUAAAAAAAUUCUAAAACUCAGCUAUGUUUAUCUACCAUCUCCGCACCUGAAAAAAUGUUUUGCUUACUUUGCAAUGUUUCCAAAAGAUUUUGAGUUUGAAAAGGACCAACUAAUCCAACUCUGGAUGGCAGAAGGCUUUCUCCAUCCAUGUCAAGAGACCAUUGUGAUGGAAGAUGUUGGGCACAAGUUUUUUCAAAUCCUGUUGCAAAAUUCCUUGCUGCAAGAUGUUAAGCUAGAUGAGCACAACGUUAUAACACACGGUAAGAUGCAUGAUCUUGUGCAUGAUUUGGCUGGAGAUAUCUUAAAAUCUAAACUAUUUGAUCCGAAAGGAGAUGUUGGUGAAAUUUCUUCUCAAGUUCGAUAUUUUGGAUCAGACUCACCAAUUGAUCAAAUAGAUAAGAUAAAUGAGCCAGGACGUUUGUGCGCAUUGUUCUCGAGAAGCAAUAUACCUAAUGAUGUGCUAUUUAGCUUUCAGUUCUUGAGAGUUUUAAAUUUGUCCAGAUCAGGCAUCAAGGAGUUGUCAGCCUCAAUUGGCAAGUUAGUAUACUUGAGAUAUCUUGAUCUCUCCUACAGUGGGAUCAAAGCCUUGCCCAACUCCAUUUGCAAGCUCUACAGUAUGCAAACUUUGAGAGUUAGUAAAUGCUUUUUACUGAAGGAGCUUCCAGAUGAAAUGGCAAAUAUGAUAAGUUUGAGACACGUUUAUUACAAUUCUCUGUGUAUGGAUAAUAAGCAUUUUCAGAUGCCAUUUAACAUGGGGAAAUUGACUUGUCUUCAUACCCUACAGUUUUUCAAAGUGGGUUCAGAGAAAGGCCGUCGAAUAGAAGAAAUAGGUCAUUUGAAAAACCUGAGAGGUGAAUUGACGAUUGAAGGUCUCCAAUUGGUAUGCAAUAGAGAAGAAGCUCGAACAGCGUACCUACAAGAGAAACCAAAAAUCUACAAGCUGAAAUAUGUGUGGUCCCAUGAUGAACCAGAAGGAUGUGAGACCAGUGAUGAGUAUGUGUUGGAUGGUCUUCAACCGCAUCCUAACUUGAAAACUUUAGCGGUAGUGGAAUAUAUGGGGACUAGAUUUCCUUCAUGGUUCAGUGAAGAGUUUCUACCAAAUUUGGUCAGGUUGAAAUUGAGUGGUUGCAAAAGGUGCAAAGGAAUUCCAUCGCUUGGUCAACUGAAAUUCCUUCAGCAUCUUGAGCUGGUAGGGUUCCAUAAGGUGGAAUACAUCGAACCUACAUUUUAUGGUAACGAUAAUGGAUCAAGCAGAAAUAACACCAAUAUCCAAGUGUUUCCGUUACUCAAAGAACUAUUAUUGGAGGAUAUGCCUAGCCUUACUGAGUGGAAGGAAGUGCAAUUGUUACCAAAAGGAAAUGUUGGUAGAGACAGACUUGGAGUUAGAAUGUUUCCUGUGCUUAAGAAGUUGACGAUUAGGAACUGUCCUUUGCUAAAAAGUACUCCAAAUCAAUUUGAGAUCCUACGUGAAUUGAGCAUUGAAGGAGUUGACAGUGAAAUUCCAUUGUUGAACUUGUGCAGCAACUUGACAUCUCUUGUAAUGCUUAUUAUCAGAGAUGUGAAACAGCUCACUUGUCUUACAGAUGAGAUACUACGCAACAAUUUCUCUCUUGAACAUCUUUUGGUCUUAAAUUGUGGAGAGUUUCGUGAAUUGCCCCAGAGCUUGUACAAUCUCCGUUCACUUGAGAGCUUAAGUAUUGGCGACUGCACCAAUUUCAGUUCCAUUCCUGUUUCCAGAGGAGAGAAUCAUUUGACUUCCCUCCUAAAACUUCGGUUAUACAAUUGUGACGGAUUGACUAGUUUAUCAAGCGGACUGCUAGAGCAUUGUCAGUCUUUGGAAUCUCUGAAUGUCAACAAAUGUAACAACUUGGUUUCCUUGCCUUUACAUGUGUGGGGAAUGCCUUCACUUUCAUAUUUGAAUAUAUCAAAAUGUCCCAAAUUGGAAAGUGUACCUGCAGGGAGCCUUCACCGUCUCACAGGGUUAAAGACAUUGCAUAUUGGUCCUUUCUCAGAGUUGGUGGAUUUUGAGGCAUUCCAAUUGAUUUUUAAUGGCAUUCAGCAGCUAUCAUCCCUUUGUGUGCUGUGGGUGUACGGACAUGCACACUGGGAUUCUCUGCCCUAUCAACUUUUGGAAUUCUCUUCCGUAACAGAGAUCGGAAUAACUGAUUUUGGAAUCAAGGCUUUUCCUAUUGAAACAUUGGAGCUAGUAAGCUGCAAACAGCUACAACAUCUGCUGAUCAAUGAUUGUCCGUACUUAGAAGCUCUGUCAGAUGGGCUUGGCAACCUUGUUUCUUUGGUAGAGUUAAGUUUAUCUAACUGCAAAAAUCUACAGCAUCUUCCAUCCAGAGAUGCCAUGCGGCGCCUCACCAAAUUACGGCGCCUGAAAAUUAAAGGCUGUCCACAGUUGGAAGAAAGCUGCACCAAUCGUAGUGGCACAAACUCACAGUGGUCCAAGAUUUCUCAUAUUCCACAAAUUAGCGUGGAGUUCACGACAAUUCAGGACUUGCGCGACUAGAACAAGUGCUAUGCUACAAGGUUUCUGUGGUAAACAGUCUCUCCGGGACAUAUUCUUCGGCUAUAGACCUGUUACUGGCUCUUCCAUGAAUAUUUGGUGCUAUGGUGAAGCUAAUGAAAGGUAUGGAUGGUUGGUGCCAUUGAAAUCAGUUUAUGAGCUAUUCAUGUGUGGCAGAUCAAAUAAUUCUUACUGAUGAUGCUACAUUUAGACUGUUUCCAUGGAUUCAGCUAGGAGGUUUCUGCGGUACAAAAGGCAAAUUGGAUGCUAUCAUAGCAAUAUCCGUUGCGAAGGACCAGUUUGAGUGGCAUCUGUCCAUUAAGUUGAAGGUUUCUCUACUCUGCUUAUCAGACCAAGCAUUCCAUUAAAAGAAGACACUUUUGAGAAGAAGACAUUGUGAAGGUCUGAAGGAGCAAAUGCAACAAUGGCCGACCCUGUAAUUAGUGCUACUGUUCAAGUUUUGCUUGAAAAGCUACUUUCUCUCACUAUCGAAUUCUGUUCAUGAGCUAUUCAUAAGAUGAAGCUGUGAUACGAAGACAAAAUGAGACUGGUUGUACAAAGCAGAAAAAUACAAGAUUCUUGGUUGAAACAAUGACAUGGACCUUGUCGAGAUGGUAGAUUGGAGCAGACUUCUCUUAGAUGUGUUUAAGUGUCAUGAUUGGCAAGGGAAAUUGCAUUUGGUGGAAACUGGAGAGGAUAUAUUAUGUAUGACUAAGAUUUGAACAGUGUACAUGCCUUUCGUAGAAAUAGAGUUUUUGUUUCCAGAAAACAUUUUGAACUUGUAAUUAUAAAGACUGAAUGUGUGCUGAAAAUGCAAUCCUAAUACGACUAACUACUGAUCCUAAUACGACUAAGCUAUUGAAUGAUGUCCUAACGCCAGAUGUUCUACUAGUACUUAGCUGCUGCAUCAUUACCUAAUAUAUAGCUUCUUUAAUGUAUCUUCUAUUUUUAAGAUUGAAAUUCGAUGUUCGAAUUUCUAUCUGAAUUUGAAGAGAAGUAGUUUUUGGUUUUGGUU